UUAAAUAAAGUGUCGUUUACCCCGGAUGGGAAGCCUUUAGUUGUCAUCAUUCAAAGAUAUUCUUUAACGUUUACUCCAACGUUCGCUUCGUGCAAUACACAUUGAUUCCUGAAGGAAAAUAUACGUACCCAUGGCCGACGACAUGUUGGAGGAUUACUUCACGGACGAGUUCAAAGAGAGCUACCUGCAACUGGAGGACGAGCCCGAGUACGAGGCCGGCGAGUUCUUCUGCGAGAACCUAAUGAAAGCCCGGGCCUCGGUCUCGGCCGAGCAGUUCCGCCGGUUUUCCGGCCUCGACGGCAACGGGGCCCGGGUCGGCUUCCUCAUGAGCCUACCGGCCACCCACGAGUUGCCGAUCAUGGCCGAUUACAACUACGACACCAAGAGCGCCAGCCGGGCCAGGUCCCUCAAGGCUUCCGGCAACACGGCCUUCGGCCUGGGCCACUACGAGGUCGCCAUCGACGAGUACAACGACGCUGCCGUUCUCGCCCCCACCAACGAGGAGCUAGCCGUGAUUCUGGCCAACCGGUCUGCCGCGUUGUACCACCUGGAGCGCUACCAGGUGGCGCUGGGCGACUGCGACGAGGCCUUGAGGACCGGCUACCCGGGCCAGCUGCUCUACAAGCUCGAGGAGCGCCGGGCCCGGUGCCUCCUGGCCCUCAAGCGCCACCUCGAGGCGGUCGACUCGUUCAAAAGGGCCAUACGGGCCCUCGACGACGCCCGCGAGCUCGCGCCCGAUAAAAAGGCUAAGCUCGAGGCGGACAUGAGGGUGAUGCUCGCUGUGCUGCUCAAGGGGGAACAGCUGAGCCAACGGUCGGGCCCGACCAGGCAACAACUCCUCCAUAUGGAGAAAAAACGGGCCGAGGAGAGAGACGCCACGCCGAGGAUGAGGGAGCGCAACCCCGUGUACCCGGCGUGUAGCAAGGCCGUCGAGGUGAGGGACGCGGGUGGCGACGUGGGACGAUACGCCGUAGCUACGAGGGACAUCCGGCCCGGGGAGAUCCUCGUCGUCGAAAGGCCCCACUGCGCCACGAUUUUGGCCGAAAAACGUUUGACGCAUUGCCACUGGUGCACCGUGCGUAUAAGCGCGGCGUACCCCGCGGGCUGUGGGGUGUGCACUUGGGUCGCCUACUGCAGUACCGGCUGCCGGGACGCGGACGCCCGGGUCCACGAGUUCGAGUGCGGGAUCCUCGGGCCCCUCUGGAGCACCAACACCUCGGUGACGUGCGUCCUCGCGCUGCGCGCCGUCAUCCAGCAGCCGUUCGCCGAUUUUGUGGAGCUGAGGGUGGACGAGCUCCGGGGGAGGGCCAAGCCGAGCAGAGCCAGGCCCUACCUGGCCUCGGACUACGGGACUUUUUACAAUUUGGUCACUCACGAGUCGGAGAGAACGGCCGAGGACCUCUUCCACCGGGCGUACAUGGCGGGGUGGCUGCUACGGGUCCUCAAGACGACUUCGUACGUGCCGGACGCCCUUAAGACCCCGGAUACGGCGGACCAGCCCUUGUCCGGGCCCGAAGUCUUGAUCGCGGACGCGAUUUUGCACCACAUACAGCUCCUCCAGUUCAACUCCCACGAGAUAUCCGAAUUCGUGAGGCCCCGUAAAAGGCCCCACUUGACGAAUGGGAGGAGCGAGUUCGUCGGUGGCGGGGUUUACCCGACGGUGGCGCUAUUCAACCACUCGUGCAAUCCCGGAGUCGUCAGAUACUUUGUCGGCAACGCGAUGGUCGUUCGAGCCAUCCGGUCUAUUCCAGCUGGUGGGGAAAUUUCCGAGAAUUACGGGCCGAUAUUCACCGCGGAGGAGGAGAGCGAGAGAAAGCGUCACCUGCGACUUCAGUACUGGUUCGACUGCAAUUGCGAGGCGUGUAGGGACCAUUGGCCCCUUUUGGGGAACAUCGAUGCGAAUAUUUUGAGAUUCAAAUGUGACACGGGGCCUUCCUGUGGCAAUGUUUUGCUAGUCGAUGCAAGCACCGAUUCGUUUAUGAUCUCGUGCUCAAAGUGCGGCAAAAGUACGAACAUAUUGAAGGGGUUGAAAGCCAUACAGGACACGGAUUCGCUUUACAAAGCGGCCAAGCGACACCUCCAGGAUAACAAACCCGAAGAAGCAUCAAAGUCUUACGUGGAGGUUUUGAAGGUUUUGGACGAAAGCUUGGCUCUGCCCAUCAAAGAUUACCAUCUUUGCCAACAACACUUGCGCACCUGCAUGCUAGCACUGGGAAAUGCAGCUAUCGAAAAGUUUUAACAUUUUCGUUCAUCAUCAAUUGGUAUAAAUUAUUAUUUUCGCAAUAGUGUGCGGAAAAUGGGUGUU